GAACUGGCAACCUCUAACGAAAAGGACGAUUCUACCCUCCAUAUCAAUUUGGUUAUCCCAAAGAGAACGGCAAACCCCCAGGCGCCAAUCAAAUAAUAUAGAGUAAAAUGACGAAUAUACCACUUGAAGGAGGCUUCUCCGAAAAUCACACAACCUGCAAAUCCGAAUCUGGCGUAAUUAAUCUCCAUUAUUAUCUGUACCUUAGUUGGCUUUCCAUGGCGCUCCUUCUCCGAAACCACAUUCACAUUCUCCUUCUUCUUCUAAUCUUCUUCUUCUUCUUCUUUCUUCUUCUUCACUUCUCCCUCAUAUAUAUCCCCCAUUCCACUCCCACUUUUCUUCACUUCAAACUCAAUCCCUAAUUCCUAAUUCUAUCUCACAAUCUGACUUCAAUGGCAUUUUCCGCUGAGAAAUCAGGAUUCGAGGACUGGCUACCGACGAUGGCAGAGAGGCUGGGCGGCGAGGGGCUCAUCGGGGAGCUGUGCAAUGGAUUCAAUCUUCUGAUGGAUAGAGAGAAGGGAGUGAUUGAUUUUGAGAGCCUGAAGAGGAACGCGGCGGCGCUAGGGCUGGCGGAUCUAAGCGAUGAGGAUCUGAGAUCAAUGUUGAGGGAAGGGGAUUUUGAUGGUGAUGGUGCUCUUAAUCAGAUGGAGUUUUGUGUUCUUAUGUUUAGAUUGAGCCCUGAAUUGAUGGAUGAAUCCUGGUUCUUGCUUGAGGAAGCUCUACAUCAAGAAUUCAAGGAUUUUUGUUGAUUUCUUUUUUCUUCUUCUCUUUCUUUCUUUCUUUUUAUCUUUUUUUUUCUUUUUAAUUAAUUACUGAUUUUCUUAACUUACUGAAUUUACUUGGAAAUAAAAUUAAAGUAAAUUAAUACUUUUUACAAAA